GUCAACACCAGCAGGACUCUCAAACCUCUCCAGGAACAAACCAACCAUGUCUUCCUCUAUCAUUUCUCUCCCAGGUGAAACAACAUGGACCGUCUCAACACCACCUCUCUCCCGUGGCUCCCUGACGCCGCCCCGCUGUCCCAGGUUUCCCUGCAGGUUCAGGAGGUGUACCCGUUCCACGACGGCUGGAACAUAGCGUGCUUCGUCAUCCUCCUCCUCUUCAUCAUCACAGUGGUCUCCCUGGCAGCUCUGGCCUUCCUCUACGAGCUGCUGGACUGUGGCUGCUGUGUCAAGGGGAAGACCCAUCGUGACCUGAUGGAGGAGGAAGGUCCCUUCCACAACAUGGUGGAGAAGAUCCACAGUCCCACGGGGUCACAAACCGAGGUGGUGUAAGGGGGUUAAAGGGGUCGUUGCCACAGUGACCAGGGCCAAGCAGGAAGUUAGGUCAUGAUCGUUGACCCUGAAUCUGAACCCGAGACUGACUGUGCUGUGUGUUCACAGUUUGAGAACAGUGAGACUGCACCUUCGUAUGUGUGAGAUUGUGUGUGUGUGUGUAUGGAAUGGUGGUGUUAUCUAUUCAAAGCACGUCAGCAGGGAAGGCAGGAGAGAAGAAGAGCUCUCCUUUGCCAAGUCCAGGGUUUUGACAAGUCUAUU